UUAUCUUGCUGCUAUAUGUAACAAAUUAAACAUAUACCUGCGGAUUCUCACUGUACCGUAUUCGGAUAACAUUUGAGGCCCACACAGUCGCAGCAAUGACUCAGUGGUUGGAGCUUCAGCAGCUGGAUCCAAAGUUUUUGGAGCAGGUGGACCAGUUGUACGACGACAACUUUCCCAUGGCCAUCCGACAAUAUCUCAGCAGCUGGAUAGAAAGCCACGACUGGGACCAUGUCGCAAAUGUGGAGAACGAGUCUCUGGCCACGGUGAGGUUUCAUGAUCUUUUGACUCAGCUGGAUCACCAACACAGUCGCUUCGUGAUGGAGAAAGACUUCCUAAACCAACACAACAUCCGCAAGUUCAAGAGGAACUUGCAGAACCUCUUCCAAGACAAUCCUGUUUCAAUGGCGAUGAUCAUCAGCAGAAACCUUCGCGAGGAAAGAAAGAUUAUAGCCAUUGCUGGAAUGUCAGAGAGUCCAACACCGAACCCCACACAGGACAUGAUUGUGGAGAAAAAUCGUGAAAUGGACGCAAGGGUGAAAGACAUAAAGAAUAAAGUGCAGGACGCUGAGCAAACCAUUAAAAAUCUGGAAGAUUUGCAAGAUGAAUACGACUUCAAGAAUAAAACUUACCAAAGCAGAGACGAACUCAAUGGCACCAUUUCAAAGGAGGACCUGAACCGCGAGAAACUGAUGAUCCACGCCAUGUUUGUAAAACUCAAUGAUAAGAGAAUAAUGGCGAUUAGUCAGAUGUCCGAGGUGUUGAACCUGGUGGAACCGGUGAUCUGUGAGCUGAUCUCGACAGAACUGGUCGAAUGGAAACGUCGUCAACAGAUGGCUUGCAUCGGCGGGCUAACUAACGUCUGCCUGGAUCAGUUGCAGAACUGGUUUACUUCUCUUGGAGAGUCUCUGCUUCAGAGCAGACAGCAGCUCAAGAAACUCCUGGAGCUCGAGCAGAAGUUGUCAUACAGCACAGAUCCCAUCACCUGCAGCAAAAUCUCUCUGGAGGAAAGGAUCAUGUCAAACCUCAAGAAUCUCGUCACAAACUCUUUGGUAGUGGAGAGACAGCCAUGCAUGCCGACCCAACUGCAGAGACCUUUAGUGCUGAAGACAGGAGUUCUGUUCACCCUCAAAUUACGGCUGCUCGUAAAAAUUCCGGAAUUUAACCACACUGUUCGGGUGAAGGUGCAAUUUGAUAAGGAUAUCGUUGAAAAACGAAAAGGGUUUCGUAUGUUCAACAUCUUGGGAACAUCCAUGAAGGUGAUGAACAUGGAGGAGUCCAAUGGAAUGGCAGCAGAAUUUCGUCAUCUGCAAUUGAAAGAGAGGAAAGUUACUGGAAACAGAACCAGUGAGGGUCCGCUGAUUGUCACAGAGGAGCUCCACUCCAUCACCUUUGAGGCUGAGCUUUGCUGGUCUGGCUUGGUCAUUAACUUUGAGACAACAUCUCUGCCCAUAGUCGUGAUCUCCAACGUCAGUCAGCUGCCCAGUGGAUGGGCGUCCAUCAUGUGGUACAACAUGCUGAUCUCUGAACCAAAGAACCUGUCCUUUUUCGUGACUCCUCCACCGGCCACAUGGGGUCAGCUACAGGAAGUGCUGAGCUGGCAGUUUUCCUCCAUCACCAAACGAGGCCUUAAUCCUGAACAGUUGAGCAUGCUGGGAAAUAAACUGCUGGGUCCUAAAGCGGCAUCGGAUCCUGAAGCUCAGAUUCCCUGGAACCGAUUCUGUAAGUCUGGCAGUGAAAAGAACUUUACCUUUUGGCUGUGGAUUGAAGCAGUUCUCGACCUAAUAAAGAGACAUUUGCUAAGCCUGUGGGAUGAUGGGUGCAUCAUGGGAUUUGUGACCAAAGAUCGAACUAAAUCUCUGCUCAACAACAAAGCUCCAGGGACGUUUCUGUUGCGCUUCAGUGAAAGCAACCGUGACGGAGCCAUUACGUUCAGCUGGGUUGAACACGAUGCAAACGAGGAUCCACAGAUUCGCUCCGUGGAGCCGUACACAAAGAAGGAGCUCUCCGCUGUUUCACUUCCUGACAUCAUUCGAAACUACCGCGUAAUGGCGGCCGACAACGUUCCCGAAAACCCUCUGCGCUUCCUGUAUCCUCAGAUUCCCAAAGACGAUGCCUUCAAGAAAUACUACUCCAAGCCCACUGACAAGCAAGAACCAAUGGAUGUUGAUAAGAAGGCAGACGAGGGAUACAUUAGCACCACUCUCAUCUCCAUCUCUGAAAUGAAACCACAAGAAUAUAACGAGAACCUCAUGCCAAUGUCACCUGAGGUCUACGGCGAGCUGGAGCGCAUGAAUCGAUUCGAUACUGUACAAUUGGAGCCAGCAGACUUGAUGACAAUGACAUAGAAAACGCGAGUGACUCGAACGGGUUUUUUCCCGCUGUUUUUUUGCAAUAAUGCAAAUGAAAAAGGAAGAAUUCUGCAAGAAUGUUAUUCCUCUCCUUUUCAUGCUAACGUUAAGAAAAAAAAAACACUGUAUUCACCUAUCAUCUCAUUCACCAGUAUUCUACAGCGAAAAAAAAA